AAAGAACCCAAGAAUGUGGACACUCUCAGUCAUGCUGGAUUCACAAAAACUAAAGAGGCAUUGAUGGAGAGAGUUGCACAUCAAUGUAUCAUAAUCCAGUACAUCUUGGAACUCGCAAAACAGCUCCAUUCAGAUCCCAAAGCAACCGUCCCGUCCUUUUUUACAAAAAUUGUCCGAGCCAAGUCUGACUUCCCAGAGUACAUGGAAGCAUUCAAUGAUGAGCUUACGUCGUUUAAGAAAAGAGUGAAAGAACGAGCUGAGGCUCGCAUAGAGAAAGCAAUGAAGGAAGCAGAAGAGGAAGAAAGACAAGCAAGACUUGGUCCAGGGGGACUGGAUCCAGUGGAGGUGUUUGAAUCUCUGCCUAAGGUAAAGAUGUUCACGUCAAAUUUC